GAACAAUAGAAAAAAAAAUAAUUCCAUUACGGCAUCGCCAAAGGAAUGGGCAUGAACGGCGUGUGACAGAAUUUAGCACGGUCGAAAAAGUUAUUACUUGGAGGAAUCGGAAAAUUGCAGCAUUUGUGAAAAGUGAAACAGUUAACCGACUCGUAUCUGGUUCUAUGCUACUCCUGAUAAUGUGAAGGAAUUCACAAGAUACAGCAGUAAAAAUUCGUUGGGCCGCGGAGAGUGAUGUGUGUUAGUGAGUGAAGUGCAGAUAACGCGCAAAGAAGCAGCAUUGAAGCACAGAAUGUGCCGCAGCUAGUGAGCAUCGGUAGAAAUGUUGUGGAGUGGAAUGUAGAGAUAAGUGAUCUGUGCCCCCGUGUAACAGAGAGAGAGAGAGAAAGAGAGAAAGAGAGAAAGAGAGAAAGAGAGAAAGAGAGAAAGAGAGAAAGAGAGAAAGAGAGAAAGAGAGAAAGAGAGAAAGAGAGAGAGAGAGAGAGAGAGAGAGAGAGAGAGAGAGAUGUAAAGCACACGUGUGCUUUUGUGCGUUAAUGAUUUGCGGUUCAUCAGGUUCACCAAAAUAUACGUGGCAACACAGCAAAUAAUCUCAACCCAAAACCAACCGGCUUCGUUUUCUCUCAGCCUCCUCUGCAUCCUCCUGUUAUCAGUUGCAGGUCGAAAAUAAAAGUUUGCGCUGAGUAGCAAACAAAUAGUGUUGCCGAGAAGUGUUUCUUGUUGUGUUUGUGUGCGUGUGUGUCAGUCUAGUUGGUGGCUUGGUGCGUGUGUGAGAUUGGUACAGUGUUUGUGUGUAGUAUAGCUUGCCAGUAGUUGCUAUUUCCUGCCUCAAAACGGAUCAUCCUCGCAAACGGGGCAGCCCUCCUUCAUCGGUCACCGACGAGUCCUCGUUACCCUUGUCAGCGUCCGCCGGGGGCCGUGGGGGAGGAGGAGGAGGAGCUGGAGGUGGCGGCGGAAGUGUUGCUGGGGGUGCUGGUAGAAGUGGUGGUGCGGGUGCUAGUCGAAGUGCUGCCGGGGGAGCAUCAGCAACAGCGGGCGGUGCAGCAGCUGUAGAAGGUGGGACCAGAAGCAAGGGAAGAAAAGGGAGUACCGCAGGUAGUGGUAAAGGAGGAGGUGGUGGUGGUGGUGGUGGUAAAGGUGCUGGAGGUGCUGGUGGUGCUACUGCUGACGGAAGUGUUGGCGUCGGUGACGCAGAUCGCAGCAGUGGCGGUGGUAGUUCUGCGGCCAGCCAUCGACACCAACCAGGAUACCAUCGCCAUCUGCAGCAAGCGUCAACGGCGGCGGGUAUAAACCCAACGGCAACGACUACGACGACGGGCUCAUCAUAUGAGAAGACCAAUAACAUGGCUUCAUCAAAUCACCGCGGUAUACAGAUUGGAUCCGCCUGGUUUCAACGCAAAAUCAACCUACGGCCGCAACAUCGUGGCGUCCACCUGGUGACGGAGGAGAUUCUACGGCAGAUGCCCGAGCUUGGUCAAUUUUCUGUCGGAUUAUGUCACGUUCAAAUUUUGCACACAUCCGCCAGCUUAGCGUUAAACGAAAGCUGGGAUCCAGACGUAAGGGAUGAUAUGGAAAUGAUGUUAAACAAAAUAGUGCCCGAAGGUCUACCAUACAGGCAUUCUUGCGAAGGUCCAGAUGAUAUGCCCGCUCACGUAAAAGCCUGCUUUCUUGGAAGUUCACUGACAAUCCCAAUCACCGAUGGCAAAUUGUCACUCGGUACAUGGCAGGGUGUUUGGCUGUGCGAACAUCGUGACCACGCGGGCUCCCGGAAGCUGGUGAUAACGCUCUCCGGUUGUCCCCGGGAUUCAGCGCGAAGUCCCCUGUCGCCAGUGUCACCGAUCGCCUCCACCUCCAGUUAGGGACGGCCGCGCUCUGCUCGCGAUAGUCGGUAAUCGUGGGUUAGAGCGGCUUUCUGCUGUAAGGUCAACAAUUGUUCAACUACAACUACAACAUCAACAGCAAUUUUAACCAAAUCAACAACAGCAACCACAACAAGAAAUACAACUAACGCGAACAGUAAUGCUACUACUACUAAUACCAUUACUAAACUAAAUAAUAACGCUACUUACGACACUACUUUUACUACUACAACUACUAAUACUAUCACUACUUCUAAAACUAUAACGGUAUCAAAUUGUAAUGGAAACGAAUCUGUUUGAAAAGUGCUGAAUGAACAAAGCAAUUGAGAGGAGCAAGUGGAAAACGGAACACAUUAAACAGCUAGCGAGAUAUUUAACAAAAUAAAUAAAACUCUAUACAACACACCUUUGCUAUCGCUUUUCGACGAAACGAAUAAGCGAAAGAAACAAAUGCAAAACAUUCCGCUAAUUGAUCAACCAAAGUUGAAAUUAGCAAUUGAAGAAAUAAAAUGGUGAAAACGCGACAGACACAAAUAAAUGUUUGGCGAGGGAAUAAAUAACAAACUGCUAAAGCAUGGAGUAAGAAAACUAGCAAUGAAUUCAAUUGUUAAAGCAUUUUUUAGAAGCGUUACAAAGCGAGCAAAGCAAAACAGCAACCUCCUGAUGCCGUCACUUUCACAAUUGCAAACAAACAAUAGAAUGAAUACAACUGAUACAAACUUAUCCUUCCAAGUGACGCGUGGAACAUAGAUGCUGAGUGCAUAAUUCUAGUGGAAUGCAAUUGUUAAAAAUAAAAACUUCAACUAAUGAGCGGUAGCAGCAACGCGUCGAGGAAAAUAAAUAGUAGCAUGGUGCGCAAUAAAUAAUCGCAAACGACGAUAGGAUUGGAACAAUAUAGUGCAGCAGGGUCAAAUUAAUAAGUGAAGUAAUGUAGGGAAUAGGUGUACGUGUGAGUGUAUAUGUGGGUGUUUUCUAAGUUUAAAUCAAGUUGGGAAAUUCCUUUCGUUGUUUGAUGGAUAAUUUGUUGUCACGUUGUAAAUUGCUACUCAUAAAUGACCACACAUGUGCCGAUAAGUUAACGAAACUGUUACGGGGGGUAGUCUGAUCUUUUGCUUUUGAUCAACACAUAGGGUUCUUAAUCUAGUAGUUUUCACUAGAGUCAUGUAAAUGCAUUCCUUGUGUUUAAAAUAGUUUUAUUUACAGUGCAUUUUCAAUUAUUGUUAUUGUUUGCAAGUCACAAUCUACUUCAAAUCGAUACAGAAACACCAGCACAGGGGCAUUUCAUUUGUGCUAUCACUCUAGGAAUGUUAUGUUAUCAAAACUAUUAUUAUCAAAAAUAUCGUUUUUUGUAAUUGCCUGCUGGACGAUAGGGUCACCUUUUUUAAAUUCCCCAAGCUUGAUAUUAUUUCACAAAAAUCCACAGUCUUCACGAUCCUAUUGUUGUGCAAUCUAUACUAAUGUUGUAAUUCAAAUGAUAGGGAUCAACUUUAUUAUAUCGUUAUAAAGUUGUUUCUGAUUUUACAAUAUGACAAAAUCCAAUUUGUUACAAUGUAUUGAUUUGAAGUGGAAUUAUGUUAUGACUUUUGAUUAUUACAAACUGCUGAUCUUGCCAGGGAAACGAAACAUCAUUGAACGAAACAUCAUUGAGGAAGAAAUAAACCAACGCAGCAAUAAAUUUUAGAAAAGAUGAAUUCUAGAGCCAUUGAUGCCACACCGAAUGUGGGACUUACCGUGACGAACCUAAACAAUCCCUAUUGCUAAACGCAUUGCGUUACUAUUCCGCAUGAACUUCCUAACGUGAUACGGGAUACAACCGCAAAAGUGAAUGUUUACGGGACAGUGUUUAUUUUGUGGACUGCGUCAACCGGUUGAAACAUCUUAAAUUACAAAAAUGAAAAAAUAAAAAAAAUCAUUCAAAAAUUUACUUACAUCAUUGACUCCACUGACACGCGUAUUAAACACGAAAACAAAAUUGAACUUAAUAAAACAUCACAUAAAGAGAAAGGCAUAUUGAAUUGGAUGCAAAUGAGG